AUGGGUCUCACCUUCUCCAAGUUGUUCGACCGCCUAUGGGGCAGAAAGGAGAUGCGAAUUCUGAUGGUCGGUCUUGACGCAGCCGGAAAGACCACCAUCCUGUAUAAGCUGAAGUUGGGUGAAAUCGUCACCACCAUCCCCACAAUCGGUCAGUCACCCUCCCCUUCUCCUCCGGGGCCGUUCUCCACCAGUUUCAACGUCGAGACUGUCGAAUACAAGAACAUUCAGUUUACCGUGUGGGAUGUCGGUGGUCAGGACAAGAUCCGUCCUCUCUGGAGACACUACUUCCAAAACACUCAGGGUAUUAUCUUCGUCGUCGAUAGCAACGAUCGCGAUCGUAUUGUCGAGGCCCGGGAAGAGUUGCAGCGCAUGUUGAACGAGGAUGAACUCCGUGAUGCUCUUCUCCUUGUUUUCGCUAACAAGCAAGAUUUGCCGAAUGCCAUGAGCCCCGCCGAGAUCACCCAGCAGCUUGGUCUGCAAAGUCUCACUCGUCGUCCUUGGUACAUCCAAUCUACCUGCGCUACCACCGGUGACGGUCUGUACGAGGGUCUCGAGUGGCUCGCCGAUGCUUUGCGGAAAACGAACCGUGAUUAA